AUGAAUACUUUUUCGAUAUUUAUGUUUAUCUUUAUAUUCUGCUCAUAUUCAGAAACUUGUUACAAUGGUAGAUUAUAUGGUGAAUAUAACCUUAGUAGUAAAUCUUUUAUAUCUUCAGGCAAUAUAGCGAAAUCUCGAUAUGAGGAAAUUGAGUAUUUUCUUAUAGCUUUCAGCACUUUACUUAACAACUAUCAUAACUAUUACAGUGGUUAUAAAUCAAAUCUAGAAGCAAUGAAAGUUAAUAUUGAAGAGUUGUUUACGAAAAACUUAAGUACUGAUGAAUUGAUUAUAAAAUAUUUGGAAUUUGCAGCAAAAUAUUACCAUGAAAUAAAUGUCAGAAGUGACAUAUACAGAAUUUUAAAAUAUCAAAAAAAUUUAUAUGAAGAUACAAAACGUUAUAUUCAUUAUGAACCCUUAAGUAAUAGUAUUUUAAAUAUAAAUUUGCAGUUUACAACAAAUUUGAAGAUUAUUUGA